UUGACUUUGAAAACAGUGGUGUAGUUAGAAUUGAAAUUAAAAUAGAUAAGCAUCAUGUAUUCAGAUAUUACCAAGAAUCGGCAAAACCAAGUGAUACCAAUAGUGCUGUUAAAAAUAAUGUGGAUAUUAGAUACAUGAAUUUUGACAAAAUGAAUCAAAGUAACGAAAUAAAGGCUAAAAGCUCACCUGAUGAAGAGCACAAGAAAUGA